GCAAUCAGUACAAGGGCCCGGUUCGAUACCUUCACUAACAUAAAUCCCUACAACAUGAAUCUGCAGCAAGUUGUGCUAAGCCUGGGCGUGUUUACAACGCUCCUACGCGAUCGAUGCUACGGCGAUGAGGACACAGAACAUGUUCACAUCAAACUGCACGUGCCCGAAAUCAUCAACCGGCACGUCCACGUCAAAACCAAGUACAUGCACGUGUACCAUCCAAAAAAAGUCGUCCAGGAGAUGCCACCAACGUUCGUUGAUCAGCAACCGCUGGCGAUGGAUCACGCUGGCAUGUGGAUGCCUUCCGGUGCGCUACCCUCGGGCAUGGUAUCAUCUCCCUCGGCGGCCCUUUCGUCAGCCUCUUCCUCCGCAAUGGCAGCUGCGGCAGCCGCCUCCCUCUCCUCGAUGGUGCAGGACAAACUGUCAACACAGCUCGCUCAGGAGCUGAUGAUGCGCUACCGCAACCUGGAAACGCCCACCGUCGGAGGAGGAUCGAACGAUCUGCGCGAGCCGGCCGAUGCAUCGGACUAUCUGCGGGACUACUACCGGCAGCAGCGGAAGCUUUCCGAUCAGCUGAUGCUGCAGGAAGCGAUGCAGUUGCCAAACUUUGCGCAAACCAAAUACUUGUCCAGCAUGGGAUACAACUGGGACAAGUCGUUUGGCGUUAAGUCAGGCGAUGCUGAACAGUCGACCUUGCUUGUGAAAAAGUCGAAAAAGAAGAAGGCUUACGGACAUCUGUAGCGGGAUGGUGGUGUACACUGCUGUUGGAGCAAGUUUUUGUUGAAUUUUGUUUUUAUCACUAUUGUUAUGCAAUUUGUUGAAUGCUUCUCUGUUAUU